CGCGUUCGCUUUACUCUUGUAGUUUACCGUUCAAUUACACACAUUUAACAACGCGGUUAUAAACAAAAAAGGAGAAGUUUUAUUAAAUUUUAUUGUUUCUUACUAUUACCAUAAAAUAUAAAAUGCAAGCACACAGUAAAAAGCGUGUUUGCUAUUAUUAUGAUAGUGAUAUUGGGAAUUACUACUAUGGGCAGGGACACCCAAUGAAGCCUCAUCGCAUACGCAUGACCCAUAAUUUGCUUCUUAACUAUGGUCUAUACCGAAAAAUGGAAAUUUACCGGCCGCAUAAGGCUACUGCCGAUGAGAUGACCAAAUUUCAUUCAGAUGAGUACGUACGCUUUUUGCGCUCUAUACGUCCGGACAAUAUGUCAGAAUACAACAAACAAAUGCAGCGAUUCAAUGUGGGCGAAGAUUGCCCGGUGUUUGAUGGACUCUAUGAGUUUUGCCAAUUAUCUGCUGGCGGUUCGGUAGCCGCUGCCGUAAAGCUAAAUAAACAAGCCUCUGAGAUUUGUAUAAAUUGGGGUGGGGGCCUUCAUCACGCUAAGAAGUCUGAAGCUUCAGGUUUCUGUUACGUCAAUGACAUUGUGCUGGGUAUUUUGGAACUUCUGAAAUAUCACCAGCGCGUAUUAUAUAUUGAUAUAGAUGUACAUCACGGCGACGGUGUAGAGGAGGCGUUUUAUACUACCGACCGUGUGAUGACAGUAAGUUUCCACAAAUACGGCGAGUAUUUCCCUGGUACAGGUGACUUACGUGAUAUCGGCGCUGGCAAAGGCAAAUAUUACGCUGUAAAUAUACCCCUGCGCGAUGGUAUGGACGAUGAAGCGUACGAAUCAAUAUUUGUGCCAAUCAUCUCAAAGGUGAUGGAAACAUUUCAGCCGGCAGCGGUGGUACUUCAAUGCGGUGCAGAUUCAUUGACGGGCGAUCGUCUCGGAUGCUUCAAUUUAACUGUUAAGGGUCACGGAAAAUGCGUCGAAUUUGUCAAGAAAUACAACCUGCCCUUCUUAAUGGUGGGAGGUGGAGGAUACACGAUUCGUAAUGUAUCGAGGUGUUGGACAUAUGAAACGUCAGUUGCCCUCGGUGUUGAAAUUGCAAAUGAACUGCCAUACAAUGAUUACUUUGAAUAUUUUGGUCCUGAUUUCAAGUUACACAUCAGCCCGAGUAAUAUGACCAAUCAAAAUACUUCAGAGUACUUGGAAAAAAUCAAAAAUAGACUCUUUGAAAAUCUGCGUAUGCUGCCCCAUGCUCCCGGUGUACAAAUUCAAGCAAUACCCGAGGAUGCUAUUAAUGAUGAAUCGGAAGAUGAAGACAAGGUUAACAAGGACGAAAGAAUACCACAAGGCGAUAAAGAUAAGCGUAUUGAUCCUGAUAAUGAAUUCUCGGAUUCGGAAGAUGAAGGCGAAGGGGGCCGUCGUGAUAAUCGGUCAUACAAAGGUCAACGCAAGCGGCCGCGAUUAGAAAAAGAUACCAAAACAGUAAUAGAGAACGCCGAGAUCAAGGAUGAAAAGGAUAAGAUGGAUACUAAUGAAAGUGAGGAGACUGGUAAAGGUGAAGACAUAAAGAAAGAAAACAACAUAUGACGUGGUGGUCGCAAUUGGUUAUAGAAACCAAUACAGCGCUCAACGAAAUUUAAGCCCAAAAUAUUUUAGCAUCUUUAGCAACUUCUUCCAUUUAUCCUCACUGGGUAUGACGGUAGUAGUUUACUCGGAAUGGAAGGGGGAUUAUGCUCAGGGAAAGUGGAAUUGAUAAAAAAAUAUGCUACCGUCAAAACCUAAUUUUAAUAGACAUAAUUAUUUUAAACAUAACCAUGAACUAUUACAUAUGAUACAGAGUUCCAUUGGAAAGGACGUUUUUGUUUUUAUGUUAUUUAUAAUAAUAAUGCCGUUUCAUCAAUUGUAUAACGUGCUUCAAAAUCAUAACUCAUAGACAUAUAUGUAUACAUAUGUAUAGAUUUCACGUGUACACAUAAGUACGUGCAUAUGUAUUUGUAUUAGUAUGUGUGUCAUUGCUGCUACUAUCAUACAUAAAUAUGUUCACUUGUCACAUUAAAUUAAUAUAGAUAUGUAAAAUCAAGUUUUUAGAAUCUAAAAGAAAAGGGGAAAAUUCGAUCUAGAAAAUAUAUGAAAGUAGAAAAAGUGUGGUCUGCUUGUAACUUUUAUUUUCUGAAGUCUAAAUGAAUAAUGUAAAAAUAAAAUGUGUUUUACAAGUGGAUACACUACUACAAUACUCGUGUAAUA